ACACUCACACACACACACACAGAGACACAGACACACACACUCUCACACACACACACUUUAGCCCGUUACUCGUCACGAUGGGACUGACAAGCGACCCAAACUUCCAGAAUCUGGAGAAAUGGUACAAAUCAAAUGCCACGAGUCUCAACAUGAGGCAGAUGUUCGAGGCCGAUAAAAACCGAUUCCGAAAGUUCAGCUUAACUUUAAAAACGGAUGAAGGAGACAUUUUGCUGGAUUCAAUAAAUGAAGAGGUUAUGAAGAUGCUGGUGGAGCUGGCAAAGUCUCGUGGUGUGGAGACCUCCAGAGACAAGAUGUUUUCAGGAGAAAAGAUUAAUUUCACUGAGGGUCGUGCUGUUCUCCACGUGGCCCUGAGGAACCGCUCAAACACGCCCAUAAACGUGGACGGGAAAGAUGUGAUGCUAGAGGUCAACAAGGUUCUGGAGAAGAUGGAGGGCUUCUGUAAUAAAGUGCGCAGUGGCGAGUGGAAGGGAUACACUGGGAAAUCCAUCACUGAUGUGGUUAAUGUUGGCAUCGGUGGAUCUGAUCUGGGUCCAUUAAUGGUGACAGAGGCCCUAAAGCGCUAUUCUAAAGGUGGACCCCGCGUCUGGUUUGUGUCUAACAUCGAUGGAACGCACAUCGCUAAGACUCUGGCUGAACUCAACGCUGAGACCACACUCUUCAUCAUCGCAUCGAAGACAUUUACAACCCAGGAAACCAUCACAAACGCUGAGUCAGCGAAGGAGUGGUUCCUGCAGGCCGCCAAAGACAAAUCUGCAGUUGCCAAGCAUUUCGUGGCACUCUCCACCAACGGACCCAAAGUGAAGGACUUCGGCAUCGACCCGGAGAACAUGUUUGAGUUUUGGGACUGGGUCGGUGGACGAUUCUCCUUAUGGUCUGCAAUUGGUCUGUCCAUCGCUCUUCAUAUCGGAUACGAGAACUUUGAGAAGCUGUUGGCUGGAGCUCAUUGGAUGGACACUCAUCUCCGUACGGCUCCUGUGGAUCAGAACGCACCCAUGCUGCUCGCUCUGCUGGGCAUCUGGUACAUCAAUGUCUUCCAGGCCUACUUCCAACAGGGUGACAUGGAGUCUAACGGAAAGUACAUCACUACUGAGAGUAACCGGGUGAACUAUCACACCGGGCCCGAUUGUAUGAGGUGAACCGGGAACUAACGGACAGCACGCUUUCUACCAGCUCAUUCAUCAAGGAGCUCGUAUGGUUCCUGCUGACUUCCUCAUUCCUGCCCAGUCUCAACAUCCAAUCAGAAACAAUCUCCACCACGAGCUGCAGAUCCAGCGAUGAAUCACAUGAAGUGACUCAAAUCUAUGGAAGCUCAUCUCUGCCAUGGGAUAAAAAUAAAUAAAU